CUUGAGGCCGAAUAGAAAUUUUCUGCUCAUUUUCUCGGGUCUGGUAGAAUCAGGUGGCAACUUCAGGAUCUUCAGGAAACAACCCAAAAGACUACACAAAAUCUGAUACAAAAAUGAGUGCCCUCAGAAAUCGGACAGUCAUCUUAGCUGCAGUUGUACUGCUUCUUUCAAUCACCUGUGACGCAAUCAAGACAACUCAGCGCCCAAAAUACCAGUACACCAAGAAGCCUCCUCGAGAUCAGGUCCAGACUACGACAUAUGCUGGCAAACCCAUAGUCACAGCAAGGAUUGUGGACUACACCAAGCCAAAAGAGCGCAUUCCUGUUGUUAUCACACAGAGCACCACUGUCCCGGCCUAUGCGGACUACCACAGUGACACAACAGUGUCACCUAAUGGUGUGCAGGACAAUUACACCCUAGACUAUAAUGAGUGCUACUUCAACUUCUGCGAGUGCUGCCCUCCUGAACGAGGCCCUCAAGGGCUAAAAGGAGACAUGGGGCUUCAAGGACCUCUUGGUCCAAAAGGGGACCCAGGACCUAAAGGUCCCAUAGGACCUAUGGGGUUAAGUGGAACUCCGGGAUUCAAGGGAGACAAGGGAGAGAAAGGUGAGAAAGGAAGCAGUGGAGCUGUGGGCUCUCCAGGGAUUACAGGGAAGGCUGGGAUGAAAGGUGAAACUGGCACCAAGGGUGAAAAAGGGGCAGGUGGUCUGCCUGGGUUCAAGGGAGCAAAAGGUGAAAAAGGAGAACCUAGCGAGAACACGACUAAAGGUGACCGAGGUGAUCCAGGCAGAGAUGGACCACCAGGACAUCCUGGAAGUAUUGGAGAGAAGGGUGAAAAGGGUGAAAGGGGAGAAUGUGGCCUACUUGGAGACAGGGGACAGAAGGGAGAGCCAGGUGAUCCUGGGUCCCCAGGUGUGCGGGGAGAUCCUGGACCUUCGGGGCAACAUGGAAUGCAUGGGAAUCCUGGAAUACCCGGAGAACGUGGUGAGCCUGGGAGUCCUGGACCCAAAGGGGAAGCUGGACAACGGGGCCCUCCAGGUCUUAAAGGUCUGAGGGGUCUAAGAGGAAUGAAAGGGGACCGGGGACCUCAAGGGAAACGGGGGGAUCGAGGACUUCGAGGACUAAAAGGUACAUCCGGUGAGACCAUAGGCCGAAUGCGCUCUGCCUUCAGUGUAGGCCUCUACCCCAGCAAGUCCUUUCCAGCAUCAGGCUUCCCAGUCCGAUUCGACAAGAUCUUCUACAACGGAGAAAACCAUUACGACGUCGCCGCCAGCAAGUUCAACUGUACCUACCCUGGGGUUUACGUGUUCUCCUACCAGUUAACGGUGAGGAACAAGCCCUUGCGUGCCGCACUUGUGGUGAAUGGGGUGCGUAAGCUGCGAUCACGAGACACACUUUACGGCCAGGACAUCGACCAGGCCUCCAGCAUGGUGCUUCUGAAGCUGGCAGCUGGAGACCAAGUUUGGGUGGAGACUCUUAGGGACUGGAAUGGCGCCUAUUCAAGCAGUGAGGACGACAGCACCUUUUCGGGGUUCUUGCUCUAUCCUGACUGAUGUACAAUUUAAAUUGCAAAAACAGAUCUUGCACUGACAUCUGCAUGGCCAUUGUGUGAAGGCCAAGUUUUUGGAUCUAAGCAAAAGCUGCCUGUUUAGGUUUAUCCAUAACCAUCUCCAUCUUUCCUAAUACUGAUCUUGAGCAACUGGUCAUCCGUCCCACAUCUGAAGACUUUCUGGGUUUAGUGACUUCAGUGUUAAGGACUUCGAGGACUGGUCUUAAAUAAGAGGCAGGGUCAAAAACAACUGAUUUCAGAGCAGUGUAAACAUCCACCAUUGUUUAGCAGUGCUUACACCACCAUGUCGAUAGACAAUGUAGACACACACUGUAUAUAUUCUUGUAGGAAACAAAAGAAUCAAUUGCAGUUUGAUUUCUUUUGCCAUUUUUGUUUUCUACACAGACUGCUAGCUUUGCUAGUCAAAACCGGAUCCAUAUUAAUAUUAAACACGAUCUAUUUAAUGGUCAAUUUUUGACACAAACAUUGUAAAAAAAGAUUGAAUGAUUUCUAUAAGAUAUACACAUACUUUUUUGCACACUUUCAUAACUGUCAAUGUCAAAAUCUCAUUUUUGGGGUUACACUCAGAUUAUGGUGGUUAUACUUCAGGUGGAAUAAUGCCCAUUUUUUUUGUUCGCAACUUGGCCUGGUUCCUAAUUUCAAACUUCUUUAAUAUAACAUAAAGUGAGAGCUGAUUUGACAGUUUUGAUGUAACCAGCAAAACAUAUAUACUCAAUGAAUACCAGCAUCUUCUGAAUUCAUAGGUGGUAUCUAUGAAAUGAGAAUAAAUAUGAAUAUUAAAGCAUUGGAUUCAUUUGGAUAAAUCACACUGUUCAUUAAAGAUAUACGGCUGUAUGUU